UAUUCUAGUCAGGAGACUGCAUUUUGCAUGCUCAUUUCUUAUACUAAAGUAUGACUUCUGAAAUGAAUAGCACAUGUGUAUGUGCUGUAAGGAUAGUCAUAUUACUCUGCUAGCUUGUGAUUGGUCUGUUUGACCUCGCCUUGCAUUCUCUGCUUCAAAGCAUUCUUCAUUCUGUCCCACUUUCAAAUUUUACAGUUUGCAAAGGGAGGAUUUGACUUACUUUUCCACAAGAGUGACCAGAGUGAGGCAAAGCAAUUAUGUGUGAAAAACCCAUACUUCACUAUUUCAAUGGAAGAGGCAGAAUGGAGCCAAUCAGAUGGCUUCUAGCAGCAGCAGGUGUAGAGUUUGAGGAAAAAUUUGUGGACACACGAGAACAGUAUGAAAAAUUACUUGAAGAUGGAUCUUUGUUGUUUCAACAACUCCCAAUGGUGGAAAUGGACGGAAUGAAGAUCUCACAGACUAAAGCCAUUUUGCAAUAUAUUGCUUCAAAAUACAACAUGUAUGGGAAGAACCUAAAGGAGAGAGUAGUCAUUGACAUGUAUGUAGAUGGAGCCUUUGACCUCAUGGCCCUGAUCCUUUCUCAUUUCUUCAUGCCUGAAUCUGAAAAGGGAAAACAGUUGGAACUUGUAAAAAAGAGAGCAGUGAACCGAUACUUCCCUGUGUUUGAAAAAGCUUUAAAAGACCAGGAUUUCUUGGUUGGAAACCAGUUGAGCUGGGCAGAUGUAGUACUGCUGGAGGCGAUUUUAAUGGUGGAGGAGGUCCACGAUGACGUUGUUCCUCUUUUCCCUCGGCUGCAGGACUUCAAAGAAAGAACAAGUGAGAUCUCAACAAUUAAGAAAUUCUUGCAGCCUGGAAGUCAGAAGAAGCCUAUGGCUGAUGCAGAGUAUAUAGCAAUUGUGAGAAAAGUCCUUCAAUUUUAAAUACAGAAGACUGGCAUCUACCAUGCAUUAUUAUGAUUGUAGAUUGAACAUGAAUGUAGUAACCUAAAGAGCGAAUAGAAUGUAUUUUGAUGUAGAAUGGAAGGUUUUACAAUAAAAUAAAGAUAACGCUAUUUUCUCAGUUUAUAUCAAAUAGUGGAAUUUCCAGUUGGGCUAAUAACCUUUUUUUUCCAGUACAAAUACAUGGUUACAUAGCUGAAAAGCGACAUGUGUCAAGUUCAGCCAUCCUCACAUAUGAUUGAUCCAAAAGAAGGGGGGGGGGGAGAAACAGUUUGAAGUGCUUCACAAUUUUGCAACAAACUAGAAAAGAAAUCCUACUUGAUCUCAGAAUGGCAGUCAGAUUUCUCCUUCGAUCAAGAAGCUGUUACCUCACAAAUUAAAAAUUACAUCCCUGAA